AUUGACCAUUUCUAGUGCUGAUGACAGCGAGCCCACAGUGGCAAUCAUGAGGUGGAGAUCUGCGUUGUGGAGUUUCCUUGUGCUAUCUGUCACCACUUUCUCUGAGGUCCAAACCACACUGGUUUCCAACCAUGUCAGCAGCAUCUGCAGCACAUGGGGCAGAGAUCACUUCAAGACCUUUGAUGGUGAUGUGUACCAGUUUCCCGGCAUGUGUGAAUACAACCUGAUCUCCAACUGCCACGACUCCUAUCAGCUCUUCUCAGUGCACAUAAAGAAAGCAGAAAAGGACGGAAACCCGACCAUCAGCUACUUGGCAAUCACCAUCAAUGAACUUUUGUUUCACAUCAGCAAGAGCUGGGUCACUGUCAACUAUGAGAAAGUCCCUCUACCUUAUUACAAGGCAGGAGUGCAAGUGAAAAAUAAUGCUGCUUACAUCAAGUUUCAGAGCAAACUUGGGUUCACUGUCAUGUGGAAUGGAGAAGAUGCUGUGAUGGUGGAAAUUGAUGCUGACUUUGCAAACCGAACUUGUGGACUUUGUGGAGACUUCAAUGGUGUCCCAGUAUACAAUGAGUUCAUUCUUCAUGAUCGUAAAAUCAGCCCCAUUGAGUUUGGCAACAAAUACAAAGCCCACCACCCAAACGAUGAGUGCGAGGACCCUUAUGAGGAGGAAUUACUGGAGGAUGUGACUGUCUCAGAUUCCUGCAAGGAAUUUCUAACUGUCUGUGAAAACAUGUUUUUGUCAGAGUCCUGGAGCUCAUGCACUAAACUGAUUAACCCUGAAGUUUACAUCCAGGCCUGUGUAAAGGACAUGUGUGGCUGCAAGAACAAUACCAAUGACUUCUGUGCCUGCAGCACGCUGUCUGAGUUUUCUCGACAGUGUUCCCAUGCAGGAGGACAGCCUCCCAACUGGAGGACAACUCAGUUCUGUGCCAAAGAAUGCCCUUACAACAUGGUGUAUGAAGAAAGCGGUUCCCCUUGCAUGGAUACUUGCACACAUCAGGACACAAGUUCACUCUGUGAGGACCACAAAAUGGACGGCUGCUUCUGUCCUUCUGGAACGGUGUUUGAUGAUAUUUCUGAGAGAGGCUGUAUUCCUCAGUCUGAAUGUCAGUGCAAGCAUGACAAAAUCUACAGCCCUGGAGAGGUUUACCGACAAGAUCAAGAGGAAUGCACAUGCUUUGAGGGAAUGUGGGAUUGCAUCACUCUAGAAACACCGGCUACGUGCGCAGUUGAACAAGGUUCAUAUUUCACUACUUUUGAUGGGAAAACUUACACUUUCCAUGGGGAUUGUUACUACACUCUGGCAAAGGUGGAAAGCAAGGACGGAGCGAGCCCAAACUUUACCCUCCUGGCCCAGCUGGUGCCUUGUGCUCACCAACAGUUUGACACAUGUCUGAAGUCUCUUAAAAUCCUGCUAAACAAUGACAGAAAUAGCGUGCUAUCAUUCACCUCUGAUGGUGUAGUUCAACAGAACAUGCAGACUGUCACUUUGCCGUACCAAUCAGGAGACAUCGACAUUUUCCACGCCUCAUCCUUUCACAUCAUGCUGCAGACCAGAUUUGGGUUGCAGAUUCAGAUCCAGCAUGUCCCUCUCAUGCAAGUCUACAUCAGUCUGGAGCAAAGCUACAGAUCAAAGACACGUGGUUUAUGUGGGAACUUCAACAUGAUCUUGAGUGAUGAAAUGAAGACUCCUCAGGGGAUCGUGGAGGGAACUGCAGCGACCUUCAGCAACUCUUGGAAGGCUAACCUCAUGUGCUCAGACACUGAGGAAAGACUUGAUGAUCCAUGUUCCCUCAGUUUGGAAAAUGAGAUGUAUGCCAAACACUGGUGCGCCUUACUUGUGAGUCCAGACAGUGCUUUUGCCCAGUGCCGAUCGGUGGUGGAUCCCGAGAUGUUUCACAAGCGAUGUAUCUACUCCACCUGUAGUUGUGAGAAGAGCGAGGCGUGUUUGUGUGCCGUCUUCUCUUCUUAUGCUCGAGCUUGUGCAGAAAAGGGAGUUUUCCUGACAAACUGGAGAGAGAAUGUGUGUGAUACAGACACAAAGAGCUGCCCAGCAUCUCAGACCUUCUCUUACACACAUCAGAGAUGCCAGCUGACAUGCAGGUCUUUGAGCUCGGAGCAGCAGAGCUGCACCUCGGACUUCUUGCCUGUGGACGGCUGCUCCUGUGCUGAGGGUCUCUACUUGAAUGAAAAUGGCCUUUGUGUUCCAGUGGAAAAAUGUUCCUGCUUCUAUAAUGACAAUUACAUUAAUCCAGGGACAUCCAUCAACAUCAGAGAUGAGCACUGUGUGUGCAAUAAUGGAAUACUUCAUUGUCGUUCUUGGAGAAGCCGCGUGUCAUUGUGUCCUUAUCCAAAGGUUUUUUUCAACUGUUCCUCUGCGACCGCAGGAGAACUUGGACUAAAGUGUGCUAAAGCUUGUUCGAAUCUGGAAAGUGAUGAAUGUGUUUUUACAGAGUGUGAGUCUGGCUGUCGGUGUCCCGAAGGCCUUCUUGAAGACGGCAAAGGGAACUGUGUGAAAGAGGCUGACUGUCCAUGUAAGCAUAACGGACAUAUUUUUGCUCCCGGAGCAGUGAUUCCUAACCUGUGCAAUACCUGCAAUUGUAAAAGUGGAAAAUGGCAGUGCACUGAGAAAAAAUGCCCAGCUUCCUGCAUUAUUUAUGGAAGUGGGCACUACAACACAUUUGAUCAAAGGCCAUAUGGAUUUCAGGGUGAAUGUGGUUACAUCGCUGUCGCGAAUAAAUGUGGCAACAAAACAGCUGAGAACAACUUUGGAGUUAUUACAGAAAAUGUACCCUGUGGCUCUUCAGGAACCACCUGCUCCAAAACUGUCAGAAUUCAACUUGGGCGAACAGAAAUCAAACUAAUGAAGGGUAAAUACGUAGAGGAAGAUCUGGGACAUGGCGUCCUGAUUCAGUACAGAAUAAGGAGGGUCGGCUUGUACCUGGUAGUAGAAUCAAAAAUUGGUCUGGCGGUGAUAUGGGAUCGAAAAACAGCUGUUCGCAUCCUUCUGGAGCCCCAGCACAGCGGUUCAGUGUGUGGCUUGUGUGGAAAUUUUGAUGGAAAUGGACCGAACGACUUCACCACCCAGGGUCAGCUGGUAGUGAGCAACCCUCUAGAGUUUGCAAACAGCUGGAAAGUUCAGAGCACUUGCCCAGAUAAGGAAGAGAUUGUGGAUUCUUGUGUAGCUGCACCGAUGAGACAUCAAUGGGCAAAAAUGAUGUGCAGCAUCGUAACAGGGGAGACAUUCAAAGACUGCCACUAUAAGGUUGAUCCCCGGCCUUUCUAUGAUAACUGUGUGAAAGACUCGUGUGCCUGCGACACUGGAGGAGACUGUGAGUGUUUCUGCUCAGCUGUCGCAGCCUACGCUCAGGCUUGCAAUGAGGCUGGAGUUUGUGUUAGCUGGAGAACCCCAGACAUUUGCCCUGUUUUUUGUGAUUACUAUAACAACCCAGAUGAUUGUACAUGGCACUACAGCCCUUGCCACACACCUUGUUACAAGACCUGUUUGAACCCACAAGGAAUUUGUAACAACCCGAUACCUAAUCUGGAGGGUUGUUAUCCAGUAUGCCCAGAAGAUAAGCCAAUUUUUGAUGAGAAGAAUCAGACCUGUGUGGAAGAAUGUGCCUAUUGCUUGUACAAUGGGACAAUAUAUGAAGAUAAUGAUGUGAUAUACAAUGUCACUGACAACAUGGGAAUGUGCUACUAUGCAAUCUGCAUUAAUACAACUGUGAUACGCACAAGUGAACCAUGUGUAACAAGCCCAACAACAACUUCUCCAAUGGAAACUACAACUUUAGAGUCACCAACAACAACAAAGGUUACUACUCCCCCUACAACAACCCCUUCAGCAACUCCAGAGCCAAGCACCACAACUACAACUCCCCCUACGACAACUACCACAACUACAACUCCCCCUACGACAACUACAGAGCCAACAACCACAACUACAACUCCUCCUACGACAACUACAGGGCCAACUACAACCACAACUACAACUCCCCCUACAACAACUCCAGAGACAACUACAACCACAACUACAUCUCCCCCUACAACAACUACAGAGUAUCCCACAACCACAACUACAACUCCUCCUACGACAACUACAGAGCCAACUACAACCACAAAAACUACAACUGCACCUCCCACUACGACAACUACAGAGCCUCCCACAACCACAACUACAACUCUCCCUACGACAACUCCAGAGACAACUACAACAAAAACAACUACAGAGUGCUCCUGUGUUUUUAAUGGCUCAGUUUAUCAGCCAGGGGAUGAAAUAUUUGUAAUGUACCCCAUUGGAUCAGGCAUUUGUCUCACAAUGAUUUGUUCUGAUGUUUGUGAAAUUCAUAACAACACUGAAAUGUGUGGGAGUACCUCAACUCCCUCAACUACCUCAACCUUGACACCCACUCCCACUCCCACACCCCCCACGUGUGAGGAUUGGGGUGUUGUUCAAAAUGAGACCUUCUUCUUGUGCAACUGCACUAUGGCCAGAUGCAUUGAGAACAACACAAUUGAAAUAAUUCCAUAUGAGUGUCCACCCCUCCAGAACAUAACUUGUGCCAAUGAAAAGAAACCAGUUCUUGCGUAUGAUGAGUACCACUGCUGCCAACAAUAUGUUUGUGACUGUGUAUGCGAAGGCUGGGGAGAUCCUCAUUACAUCACAUUUGAUGGGUUAUACUACAGUUAUCAAGGAAAUUGUACUUACGUUUUGAUGGAGGAGAUCAAAGCAAAAUAUCAUUUGAAGAUCUAUGUUGACAAUGUAUUUUGUGAUCCCACUGAAGACGUUUCUUGUCCAAGAUCGAUAAUUAUAGCAUAUGGAUUUCAAGUUGUCACACUCAUCAAUCAUAACCUUGUCGGAGCUCCACAAUUAGAGGUAAUGAAAAGUGGUGAAAAAUUGAAGCUACCCUAUGCACAACAAGGUAUUAAGAUUAUGAGUUCUGGUAUUAACUUGGUUUAUGAGAUCCCUGUGCUAAAUGUGGUAGUUACAUUUGGAAUGACUGGCUUUAGUGUCAACCUGCCAUAUCAGUACUUUGGAAGCAACACAGAGGGUCAUUGUGGGACAUGCACCAACAAUCAGGCUGAUGACUGCAAGUUGCCGACAGGCGAACUGCUGGAAAAUUGUGCAGUGAUGGCAGACUAUUGGCCAGCAAAUGACAUUUAUCAACCUAACUGCCCAACACCACCUGUAGUACCCACUCAAGUUCCUGAACCACCCCUAGAACCAACUCCAUGCAAGCCAGAGUCCAUUUGUGAUCUGCUGAAGAGCAGUGUUUUUGCAGAAUGUCAUCCAUUGGUUUCCCCUGACAAUUUCUACAGAGGUUGUGUUUAUGAUAGUUGCCAUGUUUCGAAUCCUGCAGUAGAGUGCACAAGUUUGCAAACUUAUGCUGCUGCCUGUGCUCAGGCUGGAAUUUGCAUCCGCUGGAGAAACCACACCAAAAUAUGUGCUACUGACUGUCCAUCAGACAAAGUUUAUAAACCUUGUGGCCCUGCAGAACAGCCCACCUGUGAAGACAAUGCCGAUGAAUCAACCACAAAGUUUAUUACUGAGGGCUGCUUCUGUCCUGAUGGAAUGAAACUCUUCAACAAAGACUCAGGAAUAUGUGUUGAAAAGUGUGGAUGUCUCGAUCCUGAAGGCAUUCCUCGAGAGUUUGAUGAGAGGUUUGAGUACAAAUGCCAGGACUGCAUUUGUGAAGAGUCUACCAAAACUGUGAUUUGCAAACCAAAGACUUGCCCAGCACCACCUACUGCUAACUGCACUGAUCCAGGGUUUGUUGUUGUGAACCAAACCAAUCCUGCGGACCCCUGUUGCUAUGCUUACAUUUGUCAAUGCGACAUGAACAGAUGCCCAGGAAACAGCAUGAACUGUCCAGUUGGAUACAAACCAGUCAUCAGUGUUCCAGAGGGAAAAUGCUGUCCAGAACAUACAUGUGAACCUAAGCGAGUUUGUGUCCACAAGAAUGUUGAAUACCAGCCUGGUUCCUCAGUUCCUGUGACUGCAUGCCAGGACUGUACCUGCAGCAAUGAGGUCGACCCAAAAUCCGGUCUGUUUAAAAUAGUGUGUGUGUUUCAACAAUGUAAAGAAACCUGUGAGCCGGGAUAUGAAUAUGUGGAAACUAACGAUUAUGACUGCUGUGGGAAGUGUGUACAGAAACAAUGUGUCCUGAAUUUAGAUGGUACCAUGCAUCUCUUGAAUGAAGGAGAAACCUGGUCACCGCCUGAAAACUUGUGUGAACACUACACCUGUAUGAGGAGUGGGGACACACUAACAGCCCUAAGUUCACACAUCAUUUGCCCAGUUUUCCAAGAGAGUAACUGCCAGCCUGGCACAAUUCAAACAGCUGCAAAUGGGUGCUGUAAAACCUGUGUGGAGAUAAACAAAGCCUGCAAACUGGUGAGCAUGAAAACUCGAGUUUUUCACCAUGGCUGUCAGUCUGAACACGAAGUGGAAAUACCGUACUGUGAGGGAUCUUGCAACACAUUCACUAAGUACUCUGAAGCGGCAGCUGCUAUGGAACAUUCUUGCUCCUGCUGCAAGGAAACGCGCUCCUCCAAUCGCACCGUUGAUUUGCUGUGCUUGAAUGGAGACAAGCUCACCUACACCUACAUUUAUGUGGAGGAGUGCAGCUGCGGCCAGACAGAGUGCACAACUGCAGGGCUGUCUGCUCGCAGAAAACGAAGUUCCACGCUGCUCUGAGACAGUCGUCUUUCAUAACUAUACUGAAUGUUAGAAGUGUUUUUUCUUGCACCGCUCUAGCAAUGUUAGAAAGUAAUUUACCACUGAAGUGGAAUAUUUAUCAACUAAUCAAAUAAAAAUAUGCAACUCA